CGUCAUUACGUCGGCCGCCAUUCUGUUGCCCGGCUAAGUUGCGAAGUAGCUGAGUGUGUCUGGCCUCCAACUACACCGGAGAAAUCAUGGCAUCGCUUUCAUUGGCACCCGUUAACAUCUUCAAAAGAGGAGCUGAUGAGGAAAAGGCAGAGACUGCCCGCCUUUCUUCCUUCAUUGGUGCCAUUGCCAUUGGCGAUUUGGUGAAAAGCACCCUGGGUCCUAAGGGAAUGGAUAAGAUCCUGCUGGGCAGCGGCCGAGAGGGCUCUGUGACCGUGACCAAUGAUGGUGCCACCAUUCUCAAGGCCAUCGGGGUGGACAACCCUGCAGCCAAGGUCCUGGUUGACAUGUCCAAGGUCCAGGAUGAUGAAGUAGGCGACGGGACGACCUCAGUCACAGUGCUAGCGGCAGAGCUGUUGAGAGAAGCAGAACUGCUUAUUGCGAAGAAGAUACACCCCCAGAUCAUCAUCUCCGGGUGGAGGAAGGCCACACAGGCAGCGCGCGAGGCACUCCGGGAGGCUGCUGUGGAUCAUGGGAAUGACCAGGUGAAAUUCCAGGAGGACCUGCUGAACAUUGCCCGCACAACGCUCUCCUCCAAGCUACUGACGCACCACAAGGACCACUUCUCCAAGCUGGCCGUGGAGGCCGUGAUGCGGCUUAAGGGCUCUGGCAACCUUGAGGCCAUCCAUGUCAUUAAGAAACUGGGGGGCAGCCUCACUGAUUCCUACCUGGACGAAGGUUUCCUGCUGGACAAGAAGAUCGGCGUGAACCAGCCCAAGCGCCUGGAGAAUGCUAAGAUUCUCAUCGCCAAUACUGCCAUGGACACCGAUAAGAUUAAGAUCUUUGGCUCCAGGGUGCGUGUGGACUCCACGGCCAAGGUGGCGGAGAUUGAGCUGGCAGAGAAGGAGAAGAUGAAGGAGAAGGUGGAGCGAAUCCUCAAGCACGGCAUCAACUGCUUCAUAAACAGGCAGCUCAUAUACAACUACCCGGAGCAGCUGUUCGCAGCCGCCGGGGUGAUGGCCAUUGAGCACGCGGACUUUGCCGGGGUGGAGCGCCUAGCCCUCGUCACAGGUGGAGAGAUCACCUCCACCUUCGAGCAUCCCGAGCUGGUGAAACUGGGCCAUUGCAAGCUCAUUGAGGAGGUGAUGAUCGGCGAAGACACCCUGAUCCACUUCUCAGGCGUAGAGAUGGGCGAGGCCUGUACUAUAGUGCUGCGCGGGGCCACCCAGCAGAUCCUGGAUGAGGCGGAGCGCUCGCUGCACGACGCCCUCUGUGUGCUCUCCCAGACCGUCAAGGAGACCCGCACCGUCUAUGGAGGAGGCUGCUCUGAGAUGCUGAUGGCCAAUGUAGUGACAGACCUAGCCAACAGAACCCCAGGCAAGGAAGCGGUUGCCAUGGAGUCCUUCGCCAAAGCACUGAGAAUGCUGCCCACCAUCAUCGCAGACAACGCGGGAUACGACAGUGCCGACCUGGUGGCCCAGCUGCGGGCGGCGCACAUGGAGAAGAAGAGCACCUUCGGGUUGGACAUGACCCAGGGCACUGUUGGUGACAUGGCAGAGCUGGGCAUCACAGAGAGCUUCCAGGUGAAGCGGCAGGUGCUGCUGAGUGCCGCAGAGGCUGCAGAGAUGAUCCUGCGCGUGGACAACAUCAUCAAGGCCGCGCCCAGAAAAAGGGUCCCGGACCACCACCCCUGUUAGUGACCUCACGGCGCCACCUGGUGGGGGUUGGGGAGCAUUUGAGGAACCACUGAUGUAGACCUGCCUGUAUUUAUGACUUCCAAGGGCAGCCAUGACGGCCGCUGCCUCGCUCAUGGGCACCAUACAGCACAUACCCUGUGUUUAUGUAACAAUGUCAGAUGCUGUUUUAUUUUGCAUAGUGACCUCAGUUUGUUCUUUAAAUAAAAUACCUGUAAGAGUU